AUGAAAUUAAAGGAAGACCACGCCACCGUCGCUGUACGAAACCCUAGCCACCGUUUUAAACGACCCCUCAAAAUCAAACGAUCACGUGAUGAUUCAAUCGCUGACUCCUCCUCAAUCAUCAGCGAUCUACCGGACGCAAUUCUCCAACAUAUAUAUAUUUCAUAUAUUCCGACUAAGUUGGCGAUCACAACCUCUGUGUUGUGCAAACGAUGGAGACAUGUAUGGACGGAGACACCUCAUCUCUCCUUUGAAUGGCUUGAUGUUUCCCCUAAAGUGAUAAACAAAACCCUAGCCAGGUACUCGGCUUCCAAAAUAACGAGUUUCCAUUUCUGUACCAAAUUCGGCUACAAGUCUGGCCAUUUGAAUAAAUCGAUCGAGUUUGCAAUGUCUCACAACGUGGAGAAUUUUUCUAUGGCGCUCGUUAGAGAUACACAGUAUAAUUUUCCUGAUUUCUUCUCCUACACCAACUCUUCUAUGAAGCGAGUCAAUUUGAAAAAUGUUGUUUUGACUCCCAGGUGCACGGUAUCUUGGACAUCACUAAGGAACUUGUCUUUGAACUGUUGUAAACUUUCUGAUAAAACCUUUCCUAAGAUUCCGUCUGGCUGUCCAAUCCUAGAAACAUUGACUUUGCUGUUUUGCUGGUCACUCGAGUAUCUUGAUCUGAGUAAAUCUCUGUGCUUGACAAGAUUGGAGAUAGAACGCGGCCGCUCCUGUCAUCGAGCAACAAUCCAGUCUAUGCAGAUUGUGGCGCCACAUAUCCAGUAUUUGAGAUUGAGAGACUGUGAGGCACACUGCACUUUUUUUGAUGUCUCUUCUUUAACCGAAGCUGAUGUCGACGUUAUCUAUUUCGAUCCUCGAACCUGUCAUCAUAAUUUUGGUCCCUUGGACCCUAACGAUCUUCUAGUCAUGGUGCAAAAAAUGAUAGAAGCGUUUCAGAAUGUAGAGAAACUUGCUUUGGGGGUUAAUUUACUUCAGAUGUUAUCUCUUUCCAAGAUCCCUACUAGUCUUCCAUUACCGAUGCUCAAAGUCAAUAAUUUGACUCUUGAAACAAGGAUUAUGCGAUCUGUGGUUCCUGGUAUAGAAAGGCUACUACAAAACUCACCUGGAUUAAACAAGUUAACAGUUUACAACACAACUGAGAGUUGCCACGCCGAGCCGUGGGGCUGUGUCAACAGAUACUUGAAGAAGCAAUGUUGGAGAUUGGAAGAUAAGGUCUUUCCGACCUCGUGGGAGUAUAAAGUUGUAGAGCCGAAAGUCGUUGGUUCGUUCAUGGAACGUUUUCUGGCAAACACAAAAACGCUAGAAACAUUGGUUGUCCUGAUGGGGACCGGAGAUUCAAUCGCCGGCGGUAUGGAUUUAAUCAGCGCCUUACCUGACGCAAUUCUCCAUAUUAUCUUCUCCCAUUUUCCGACCAAGUUCGUGAUCAGAACCUCCGUCUUGUCGAAGCGAUGGAAACAUGUAUGGUCCGACACACCUACACUCUCCAUCGAUUGCAGUGAAGCCGACCCUGAUUCGUUGAACAGAACCCUAGCUAACUACUCUGCUCCCAGAAUCACGAGUUUCGAUCUCCGUGUCAGCAGCAAGGCUCAAGNACCUGGAUUAAACAAGUUAACAGUUUACAACACAACUGAGAGUUGCCACGCCGAGCCGAUGAAGAUANAUCACCUUGGUCGAAUUCGCCGUUUCUCCUUCCCUGGUUCCUUCUACACCAGCUCAUCUUUAAACCAACUCGUUGUCGACUCUGGAGUUCUCAAUACGGUUCACGUGUCUUGGACAUCUCUAAAGGAUNGAUUGGAAGAUAAGGUCUUUCCGACCUCGUGGGAGUAUAAAGUUGUAGAGCCGAAAGUCGUUGGUUCGUUCAUGGAACGUUUUCUGGCAAACACAAAAACGCUAGAAACAUUGGUUGUCCGUUUAUCGAGAAAUUUCAUUGCUAGAUCAACAUUUGAAGAGCUGUCUCAAAUCUCUCUCACGCUUUCUCACAACAAUAACGUCUCUAUCGUGCUCAAGCGAACCGGUGGUUGA